AGCGUCCAUAACGCGGUAUUUUCCAUUUAGGAGGAGAGCGAGUACCAUCGUUUGUUGUGGUUCUGUCUGCUCAGCCUUGUUUGUUGUAUCUUCAACGUUGUUCUUGUGUGACUGGUGCUUCUUUUUGUUUUGGUGUGUGUCAUUCUCGUGCACCGAAGUCUCGUAACUGUCGUUGCGUGCGAGCGUGGCGCACAACAGAGUCGCUCCUCUCUUUCUUUCUUUCUUCAUAGUCACUGUUAUUUUUGGCUUUCUUCGCAGUACUGCGCUCCUCCACACGACAAGAUCCCAUAGAGUCACACUUACGCGAGCACAGAGAUUGACUCUGGGUCUGCCACACAUUUGGGUAAACCGUUUACCCUGACACACAGUGCUCCUACGCACACGAGAACCUUCUUCAUCUGUCGAAUCAAGAACCGCAGCCCGCUGCUCUCCUCUGCGUCCGGUCCUUUCCCCCCUUUCUUGUUGUACUUCUUCACUUGUUGGAGUGCGUAGUUGACGCUCAGCACCACAAAUUCCAAAAAUAAUCGGUUUCUUCUUCUCUCUUUCUUUCACUUUCUGUUUCAUUUCUGUUUCUUCUUCUUCUUCCCAUUCUCUUUGGCGCUAUCUUUCUUGUGGUGAGUUUUCCCCUUUCUCUAAAAGUAAAAGAAAAAUUAAAAGGCCUCCAUUACGUGUGUUCGUGUAUCGUUGGACAUAAACGCAUAUUUUCCGUUUCUGGAUUGGGCAUGUAACGCGAAGAGAAGCGACGACAGUUCGUGCAUCACCCUUUGUUAUUUAUGUAUUUAUCACAAAUCCCGCACUAUAUACAUUUUUGUUUUCCUCAGUGUGUCUUCGACAAGAGUUGCUUUUCGCAGACACAAGAAAUAACAACAGGCGAGGGUCCAACGCACGCUUCUCAUCGUCUGCACACGCGGCUAUGAGCGUCUCGGCGGAUGUGCUGCCGUCACCCGUCGUCAUGGAACCGCCAUCGUACACCGCUGACGGGUUCGUCGCUGUUACCUCACCACAUACCCCUCCCAGCGCCCCGCCAAACUCCGCCAACCACAGACUUGUACGGCCACUGCUGCGACAGCGUAAGAACACUCUCCAGCAGGCGAGCCACGGCCUGAGUGGACAACGUGCCUCUCCACCGGCAAAACCUUCACUGGUGUCUUCGAGGUACCCGGAGGAAAAGCAGGAGGAAGGCAGCGGCACGGCCGAAGAACGUGGUAGCACCGAACCAGCAGAUAACGAGUCGAAGAGCCCUGCGCUCGCUGCGUCCACUACCACCACUACUACUAGCAGCACAAAGGCACCGUUUGCGGCGGCCACGUGUUACCAAACAGAGUCGGACGGCGACGACGUCCGCACGGAGCUGUCCACACUCUCGGCUGUCCAUUACCCUCCUAUUCACUCAUCCGCCGCGGCCAACGCGAACAUCAGCGCCACUCAGCCGCGCGUACAACGCCCCAGAUCCUCCCGUCCUGGCCCGCUCCUUUUACCCCGCACUGACGCCACCCUGUCACUGGCGUCCUACCCUUCGAACCUGUCGUGCAGUGUACCGGUGAACAACAGCGCCUCCAGCAGCCUUGCGGGUAUCUCUUCCCUGUCUAAGCAGGGGAAUCCCACGGAGGGUGCUUGUUCUGCCGGGCCGAAGCUGUCCUCUCCGUCCACCGCCUUAUCUGGUAAUGGGGAACGAGUGGGCUUGAACGGUAGACCAGCGCCGCCGCUGCUGCGCUCCUCGCUGUUCACCCCCACGCUGAACGACGACGCCCGGCCGUCUUCUGCCUUGUUGACCACCUACCAAGUGCAGCUCAACGGCCCGGUCAGCGUCUCACCGCAGCUGCAUGCUGGCCCUACCCCACCGCACAUCUCGAGCAGCACGGCGAGCGUGACGAGCGGAGGGGCUACCCCCCUCAGCGGCAGCCGCAGCAGCGCUCGACCGUCGUUUACGCGCACGUUGCUCCCGACCUCCGCCGUGAGCCCCACCGAGGUGCCCAGCCCACACGCUCAAGCCAAUGGAGGUCCUGCGGUGCUGCAGCGAAACGGAAGCAGCAGCGCCAUCCAAGUGGUGAAUGGGCGCGUGCUGGCGUCGCCGCGUGUGGCGCAGCGGCCGCCGCUGAGCGCGCGUCGUAUCACGUUCGAUCGAAGUGCUUCAACCGUGUACUCCAACGACGGCCCUACCUCAGCGUCUGCCUCGAGGAAAGGAGCAGAGAGCGGGGGCGUGAAGGGAGGGCUGGAGGAGAGCUGUGGUGCCGGUGAUCGCGUGGAGCCGAUGCUGACAAAGGAAAUGCGCAAGUUUGUGCUCGGUCAGUACCGCUCCCUGCAGCGCGACGUGCGCACCUUGGCGACGGCGACCGAGCAGGCCGACGCGCCGGCCCAGACGGACGUGUCCGCGACAGACUUUGUCCACAUUAAGCGGAGCACCUGUCCGCGGCACUCCAAGACGGCGGUGCGUGCCGCGCAGAAGAAGCAGGAGGAGGAGCGUCUUCGCGCACUGCAGCAGCGGCACCACGACAUGGAGAUUAUCCGCAACGGCGGCCGCGAGCAGGUCAGCGCAAACAUGAAGAGCAGCGCGGUGCUGGCAGGGUCGCUCUCGAAGCUGCGCUCGCGCCACAAGUCGAACACCCAGGCAGGCAGUGUAAAUCGUAUGAGCAACUCGCUGGACUGCACGAUCAGUGCCGCCUUUGAAGCGCAGGCUUCACCGUUUGGCUCACCGGAUGAGGUGAACGGAACGGCGUUGUACGGCGCAAGCUCGUAUUCCAGCUCCUCCCACGAGAAGCUGACCCAGGGGGGUAGUGAGGCAGCAGGUGUAAAAGGACGAGGAGAAAUGGACGCCACCCCGGAGGACAAAACCGCAUCAGCAACCGCCGCCACUACAGAAGGGGGAGAGGCGUGGCACUCGUCGAAGUUUUUUUUGCCGGCCCGCACAACAUCGGCAUUUGCUCCCGCGGCGGAGCAAGAGCGUCGCAACAGCCGUACAGUAAACAAAAACGGCAUGAAGGGCGAGGCCAUCGUGGUGGCGGUGGUGCCCGACAGCGACGAGGACGAGGAGUCGGAAGAGGAAGCAGGAAAGCGGGGCACCCAGCUAAGAAGAACAAAGGGCGAUACGGAGGUGCAUCGACCCAGCUCUCUCAGCAUGUCGGCGCCCUCCUCCGACCUCAAAGACCUGACCGUGUCUGUCACGACCGCAAGUGCGGCCAAACGGGCGGGGGAGCGCCUCCCUACGAAGAGCAGCUCGCACCCACCACAGCAGCGCAGCACGAAGCCUUGUUCCUCGUCGUUGCUCCUAAGCAACACCCACGGUGACAGCGACGACAGCGGCAGCAAUGGCGACGACGAUGACGCGUACUUUUCUUUUAACAAGCAGCGCAGUCAGCGCCUACGCAGUACACCUUCCUUGUCCUCCACGCAACCACUGGAUCAACAGAACCUGUCGAUUACGCAGCCCUCGACGCCGCCCAGAGCAAGCGCGCUCUCGCCUGAUCGUGUAGGCCACCGCCGCGAGCACAUGCCACGCCGCACGAGAAGGUCCUCCUCAGACAUGAGCGCCGCGGACGACGACGACGGAAGCAACGAAAACGCGUGCUGCUUUUGCUGUCCCUGCAGACGGCCGGAGAAUUUCUUUGUGCUGUGCCGCGCGAGCCGGGAGGGCGGAUCGUUUGGCGUGGCGCGCGACGCGCACGAACCUCUGCAGCGCCGUCACCCGUCUUCUCCUGCGCUCCCGCACACUGAAAACGAGAGGUCGCGGCACGAGGCAACCAAACCUGCUCCAACCACAGCGACACAACCUAGCAACGGCAAAGGAGACGUUAACACAAGUGCGGACAGUCACGUUCUGUUUGAGGAUUUAGAGGACGCCAGCGAUGAUGACGAACCUUUGCUGUCCAUGCAAAGCUUUCGUCGCACGAGCAUUCAGCGUGUCCGUUAG